CCAAAAUUGGAAGAAGGAGCGCCUGAGCCUGAGGCUGGAGACUCGAGAGCUUUCAAGACAUUGACAAGAAAUUGGGGCGCUGCCUCGAAGCGCAGUCCAGCUUCGGAUGAGGUUUCUGUAUUGAGAACUCAGAGUCAGGAGCUCAGGAGGACGUUGCCAACAAGAAGGUGGUUACAGCUUAUCCUGAACAGUCUUCUGGCAACACGUGACAGCGCAGGCACCUAGGAGGCGGCCAGUGGAACGUACAAAGGAUGUUUGUCCCUAGGCCUUAGGUGUAUGGUAUGCCCACAGCUGUAGUUAAGGUAACUGCUUUUGCAGAUUGGAAGUUAGCAACCCUGCUUUUCUUCGGGCCUCGGUUGGUAGCUUUCGUUCCUUUCGGCUGCCCUUUCAUGUGUUGCCUCGAAUAGUGAGAACCUUGGAAACAUCCCCGGGCGGCAUGGCCCUCCCCAGUCAUAGUGCUGGGACAGGGGCGACCUUGGACAGUGCAGGGAGGGCAGCCGCAGAGAAUGAUGCGCUCUAUGCGGACAUGGCAGCAAACCACCAUGCGGUGCCUCUGACCCCGGGCACACCAGACAGGAGCACAACCACGGGACUGGAGUCGCCAGUCCAUCCGCGGUCGCUGCACUACAUGGAACAAGGGGAGAAUGGUGCCAUGUACCGCGUCUAUGUGCCCAGCACCCCCCCGCUGGACCAGGUCUUGGGUAGCACAGUUCCAUCGGGUCACACCGGCUCCGAGACACCGACCAGCUCGCACUGGGGGGGAACAGAGUACACGGGGGCAGACUUGCCCCUGAGCGAGAACGCGCGCAGCCUGCACCAGCGCACAGAGAGCUUCCGCAGCGAGCGCAGCCAGUCGCUGUUCUCGGAGACAAGCGUCUCCAGCAUGGAGAAUGUUAUGGUCACAGGCAGCCACUCCAAGCGCCAGCUGGGGCUCGGAGACUCCUCCAGCAAGCGGCCCGAGGGCGCCUCACGCAAGUACACGCGGGACGAUCUGAAGCUGGCGUGUGCCAUCUGCGAUGAGCCGGUGGGGCUGGACCUGGACGGCAACGAGUUUGUUCCGUGCGAGUGUGCAUUCCCGGUGUGCCGGCCCUGCUACGAGUACAUCCGCAAGAAUGAGGGCAACAGGUGUCCCCGCUGCAAGGAGCAGUACAAGCGGAAGACAGGGAGCCCGCCAGUGGAGGGCGAUCCGAUAGAGGAGGGGGUGCGGCACGAGGAGGAGGAAGACGCAUUUGAGCGCGUGCACGCGGCUGUGAAGAAGGAGCCGCUCCGCCUUUCACGCACCUCAGACACGCCCCGGCUCUCCAUUGAGGGUCCUCCCCCCAAGCCGUCCCCCAUGCACCGCUACUACGACAACCACGACAAGACGCUUGUAGCAGUGCCCAACCUGAUGGACGCCGACGGGCUAGGGGAGCUGCUGGACCCCAGCAAGCCGAAGGAGGCAUACGGUUACGGUAGCAUCCUGUGGGCGGAGAAUGCGCACCAGCCAUCGGAGGCGGAGAGUGGCGACGGCAGCAGCGGGGGCAGCUCGCCCCCCAAGUCGGAGGGCAGCGCGGCCAUUAAGGCGGACAACUCGCGCAUGCCGCUCAGCAGGAAGGUGCCCAUCACGGCCAUGAUGCUCAACCCCUACAGGCUGAUGGUGGUGGUGCGGCUGGUGGUGCUGGUCCUGUUUCUGUCGUGGCGAAUCAGCAACCCCAACUACGCCGCGUACGGCCUCUGGCUCGUGUCGGUCAUCUGCGAGACCUGGUUCGGCGUCUCCUGGAUCCUGGAUCAGGUGCCCAAGUGGAGCCCCAUCACACGCGAGACGUACUUGGACCGCCUCAACUCGCGGUAUGACAAGUCUCCCGAGGAUUGCGAGCUGGCUGCAAUUGACAUCUUCGUCUCUACGGCCGACCCUGAGAAGGAGCCCCCCCUGACCACCUCCAAUGUCGUGCUGUCCGUGCUGGCGGCGGACUACCCCUAUGACAAGGUUGCUUGCUACCUGUCUGACGACGGCGCAGCCUUGCUGACCUUUGAAGCGUUGACCGAGACGGCCAGCUUUGCCCGCUUCUGGGUGCCGUUCUGCAAGAAGUUUGAGAUCGAGCCACGAGCCCCCGAAGUCUACUUCCAACAGAGGAAAGAGGAGUACCUGAAGGACAAGACUCACGCCGAUUUCGUCCGGGAGCGACGACAAAUGAAGCGCGAGUACGAGGAGUUCAAGGUGCGCAUCAACGCGCUGGUGGCCAAGGCGCAGACCAAGCCGCGUGACGGCUGGAAGAUGGCUGACGGCACGCCCUGGCCCGGCAACAUCCGCAGCGACCACGUCGGCAUGAUCCAGGUCUUUCUGCAGCCGGAUGGCGACACCAUGGACAUUGAGGGCAACCCGCUGCCGCGGCUGGUCUACGUGUCAAGAGAGAAGCGGCCAGGGUACGACCACAACAAGAAGGCGGGGGCUAUGAAUGCGCUCAUCCGCGCCAGCGCGCUGAUCACCAACGCGCCCUACAUUCUCAAUCUGGAUUGUGAUCACUACGUCAACAACUGCCAAGCCUUCCGGGAGGCCAUGUGUUUCAUGAUGGACCCGGUGAAGGGCGCACGCGUGUGUUACGUCCAGUUUCCGCAGCGAUUCGACGGCGUCGACCGCAAUGAUCGAUAUGCCAACCACAACACCGUGUUUUACGAGGUCAACAUGAAGGGCCUGGACGGCAUCCAGGGGCCCAUGUACGUGGGGACGGGCUGCUGCUUCAGACGCCAGGCGCUGUACGGCACUUUCGCCCCGUCGAAGAAGGGGGGCGAGAAGGCGGGCAAGGUGGACAAGGGCGGCUGCGGCCUGCUGACGUGGUGCUGCGGCGAGAAGCGCAAGCGCGCAGGGAACAAGGCGGCCAAGGGCCACAAGAAGAAGGACAGCAGCCAGUCGCUGGUGGACGUGGCAGAUGCGGAGGAGCUGCAGCUGAUGCCCAUGAAGUGGCACGCGCGCCGCUUCGGGGUCUGCCACAACUUCGUCAUGACCACCACGGAGCUCGACGGCGGCUGCCCGACGAUGUCCCCACGGACUGUGCUGAGUGACGUCAUCCUAGUGAUCUCGUGCGGGUACGAGGACAAUACGGAGUGGGGCAAGGAGAUUGGCUGGAUUUACGGUUCCAUCACGGAGGAUAUCGUGACCGGCAUGGUCAUGCAUACGCGCGGUUGGCGCUCCAUCUACUGCAGCCCGCCCCGCCCCGCUUUCAAGGGUACGGCGCCCAUCAACCUGACGGACCGGCUGCACCAGGUGCUGCGGUGGGGGCUGGGCAGUGUGGAGAUCUUCUUCUCGCAGCACAACCCGCUGUGGGCGGGCUGGGGCCAGGGCCUCAAGUUUUUGCAGCGCUUUGCGUACGUGAACACGACGGUGUACCCGUUCACGAGCAUCGCGCUGACGGCGUACUGCGUGCUGCCCGCGGUGUGCCUGCUGCUGAACCAGUUCAUCAUCCCCGUGCUGGACAACACGGCCAUCAUCUACUUCCUCGUCUACUUCAUCGCCGUCUUCGGCACCGCCAUCCUCGAGAUCCGCUGGUCCGGCGUCGCGCUCGACGAGUACUGGAGGAACGAACAAUUCUGGGUGAUUGGAGGCACGAGCGCGCACCUGGUGGCGGUGUGGCAGGGCCUGCUCAAGAUCACGGCCGGCUUCGAGUCGCAGUUCACGCUGACGCAGAAGGACAGCAACGACGACGGCGAGUUUGCGGAGCUGUACAUUUUCCGGUGGACGCCGCUCAUCAUCCCGCCCACGACCAUCAUCAUCGUGAACCUGAUGGGCAUCAUCGCGGGCAUCAGUCGGCAGGCGCAGAAGAACCGCUCCGAUUGGGGCCAGCUCUUUGGCAAGUGCUUCUUCGCCGUCUGGGUGCUCCUCCAUCUCUACCCCUUCGCCAAGGGCCUCAUGGGCCGCCACAACCGCACGCCCACCAUCGUCAUCGUCUGGUCCACGCUGCUCGCCAUCUCCCUCUCCCUGCUGAUGGUCACCGUCCUCGGCUAACUUAUGGCGCCUCAAAAGCGCCCAGCGCACUUGGUAGCGAGCAUGCAGAGCACAUUAGUGGUGGGCCCUCGCUAGGAGGGCUUUUAAGUAGCUGGGAUGCGUCUCAGCAGUGCUGCGCUGACACCACUUCGCAAUAUGGUAGGUAGUUGCUCGAUAGUUGAUAAAUUAUAAGUUGCACUUCGAAAGAGCCAGUUGGGCAGUUGUAAACGCCUUCAGGUUCUAAGGACGUUUGUUGAAAGGUCGUCUAAGAGUAGAUGACGUAUGUCAUUCAAGUUGCAACGAGUCACCUAAGAACUGGGUUGCAACAUGCGUCUGGGCUCCGAGUCAGGCCCGCUUAGUUGAUGGCUUCGGUGUGCAUUGCGGCUUUGCUUUAAAU